AUGACGUUGGUAGGACCAGAACGAAAAUUUCGGCGGAACGGGAAUCCCCAAGGGUUUCGCGGGCUUACGACGAGCUCGUGCGCAGCAGCGUUGUUGUCGAAGGUCCUUCUUUCCUCCUGGAACGCAUCAAUCUAUCUACCCACGUCGCCGCCUCUGCCCGGCGUAUAAACCAAGCACGUGGAUCCGCUAUGUCGUCGAGGUGUGAGCAAUCUCUCGCCAAGAAGUGAAUUCGAGGCAAUUGCACUGUCACUGCAGGUAGGAGGCAAGCACAACACGAGUGAUCUUAUUAACCACACAGACGCCCAACCUCUGUCUUCACCUGAGGUGACAGACUCGGCAACCCCUUCACAAUACCGCAUUAACCCAUGCAGUAGAAUACAUAAGAGUCGUUCUUGUACUGCAAAUACUCCAACAGUGAACAAAGACAAAUAAUCGAGCCCGAGCCCGGUCGCUCCGAUGGGAUCGCGGCAUCUUGACGACUACUACUACUGUCGUGUAUAGUAACGUACAGUAUGUACAGCUACAAGAUGAACCCAGACUAUC